AUGAAGACGUGUCGGGAACCGGAACAGAAUAAGUUGCCUGGUUUUACAUGUGUUCUAUUUGUGAUUAUUUGUUUUUCUAGUGUCGGUGCUACUGUGAGCACCCAACCAUUAAUCGACACUUCGAAAUACUAUCAUUAUGAUGACAUGACCGAACUUUUACAACAAUAUGCUGCGAACUACCCCCACAUUGUUAAGCUAGAGUCGAUAGGCGAAAGCGUCCAGCAAAGACAACUGUGGGUUAUGAAAAUAACCGACCAUCCCGAAGUCUCUGAGCCCGGCGAGCCAUGGGUGAAAUUGGUCGGAAACAUGCACGGUAAUGAAGUCAUUAGCAGACAAGUUCUGAUAUAUUUAAUUCAGUAUUUAUGUGAAAAUUACGCUUCGAAUGACCGUGUUGCCAACCUUGUUGAUAACACGGCUAUUUAUAUCUUGCCGAGUAUGAAUCCGGACGGAUUUGAACGAGCGAAGGUGGGCACUUGCACUGGCGUGAUGGGCCGUAGAAACGAAAAUGGUAUAGAUUUGAAUAGGGAUUUUCCUGAUCAGUUUCAGUCUUCGGCACAUGAUAACGACGCCCGGCAACCGGAAACAUUGGCGAUCAUGAAAUGGAUCUCGGAAAAUAAAUUUGUGCUUUCUGCUAACUUGCAUGGUGGUAGCGUUGUAGCUAGCUAUCCAUAUGAUGAUUCCAGGCUACACGUACUGGAGGGGAGGUAUAGUGCAGCUCCUGAUGAUGAUGUGUUCAAACACCUUGCUUCCACAUAUGCUAAAAACCAUCUGACGAUGCACAAAGGCAAUCUGUGCCAAGGCGACAACUUUCCUAAUGGUAUCACCAACGGAGCAAAGUGGUAUGAUGUGCCAGGUGGUAUGCAGGAUUAUAAUUACCUACAAAGUAAUUGUUUUGAAAUUACAAUGGAACUAUCUUGUUGUAAAUAUCCACUGCCAUCAGAACUGACUAAAGAGUGGAAUAAUAACAGGGAGGCCUUACUUGCAUACAUUGAACAGAAAGUUUUUAGGCAUGGCAUUUCUAUGGCCAAGCUUAGUAAAAUUGAUAUUACAGACAGAAUAUAUUCAGUUCUACACAAAUCACCAGCAGCUUUAAGCUAUAUUAUAGAACCGACCAGUUUUACCCAUCAUAACCACGACGAAAUGAAGGCUGUUAUGACGAAGUAUGCUGAAAAAUACCCUGACAUCACCCGAUUAUAUAGCAUUGGUGAAUCCGUAGAAGGACGGGAACUACUUGUUCUUGAGAUAACCGAUAAUCCCGGAAUCCACGAACCUGGUGAACCAGAGUUUAAGUAUGUAGGUAACAUGCAUGGCAAUGAAGUCGUUGGAAGAGAGUUGUUGAUAUUACUGAUAGAAUUAUUAUGUGAAAAUUAUCACCAUGUCCCAGAAGUUAAAGCUCUAGUGGAUUCUGCUAGGAUUCAUAUCAUGCCAUCGAUGAACCCAGAUGGACAUGAAAAAGCUAUUGAAGGUGAUCGGGAAGGUGUAAUGGGAAGGGCAAAUGCCAACACUGUUGACUUGAAUCGUGACUUUCCAGACCAGUUUGACAAAAAGAAACACACUGUUCAACCAGAGACCAAAGCAAUCAUGCAAUGGCUAAAAUCAAUUCCAUUUGUAUUAUCGGCUAAUUUACAUGGUGGUUCAUUAGUUGCUAACUAUCCAUAUGAUGAUUCACCAACUGGUAAAAGCAUAUAUAGUAAAUGCCCUGAUGAUGAUGUCUUUAUACAACUCACAGAGGCUUACUCAGAGGCACAUCCUACCAUGCAUUUGGGACAUCCAUGUCCCAAGUAUUACCCAUCAGAAACUUUUGAUGAUGGGAUUACCAAUGGAGCUGCCUGGUACAGUGUAGCAGGUGGAAUGCAGGACUGGAAUUAUUUGAAUACAAAUUGUUUUGAGAUAACUCUAGAAUUGGGGUGUUUUAAGUAUCCAUACCAGAAAGAUUUGGAAUCUUAUUGGGAAGAUAACGAGCUAUCAUUAAUAACCUUUCUACAGCAAGUACAUAAAGGUGUAAAAGGGUUUGUGCUAAGUGAGAGUGGUGUUGGACUGUCUAAUGUUACGAUACACGUGUAUAGCAUCGAUCAUGACAUUAUCACGGCAAAAGAUGGUGAUUACUGGAGAUUACUAGUACCUGGUGUUCACAAAGUCACUGCAUCCUUGGAUGGCUAUAUUUCUGACACCCAGACAGUAACAGUGAGUGAGGGCCUGGCUACUCACUUGAACUUCACUCUGAGAUCAGUUGGCAGUCCUGAAAAACCAUUAAAGGAACAAAUCCCAAUCAACCUAUCACCGGAUGAUUGGGGUACAAUAUACGACUACGGUCUUCCACAAAACUUCACGACAUACUUGUCUAACCAGGAUUUGAUAGCGCAAAUCGCAGACUAUGCCAUUAAAUACAGUAACAUCACACAACUGGUGGAAUUGACCAAAACACCAAAACAGAAUACUAUUUAUGAUUUAGUGAUCACAUACGACAACGAUCAUGGUAAAGCGUUUGAGAAACCUGAAGUUGCUUUGAUUGGUGGAUUGCAUGCGGAGCAACCCGUGGGGAGAGAGAUCCUGAUGCGAAUUAUCAGACAUAUAUGUGAAGGUUUCUCUCGCGGUGAUGAACACAUUGUAGAUUUAGUCAGCACAAUCACUAUACAUAUCAUACCAGGCGUGGAUCUCGAUGGAUUUGAUGAAGCCCAGUUAGAAGACUGUGAUGGAAACCAUUAUGAUAAUACAUCCAGUAUUGUUAAUGUGUUUAGUACUGACAAUACCGAGCUUUCAGACCGACCAGAGAUAAAAGCUCUCAAAGAAUUAUUUGAGAAUGUUAAAUUUGAAUCUGUACUCAGUAUUGAAGCUGAUGGUUUGUGGGUAAGAUAUCCCAUGGAUUACGCCAGGGAUGAGAGUCCCUUAGUGAAUGGUGUUAAGACUGAAGAUGAUUCCACAUUACAGUUUUUAUCUCUGGCUUAUUCCAUGAAGCAUCCAUCCAUGCAUACCGGCAGUGAAUCCUGUCAUGGUUAUCAGUUCACUGAUGGCAUAACACAUGGUGCUGAGUGGAUACCAACCAAAAAUACAUUCCAAGAUUAUUUAUAUCUGCAGGAAAAGACUUUAAUGAUUACUGCACAUAUAUCUUGUUGUAAAUACCCGGCUGUAAUAGAUUUAGCUUCAAUAUGGCAAACCAAUAUGCAGUCUAUAUUACAGUUUUUAGGAAAAGCUAAACAAGGCAUUUCUGGAGCUGUAACUGAUGUAAAGGGUAAACCAUUAAUAGAUGCAGAGGUCACAUUGAUAGAGCAUUCUCGUAGUAUAUACGUCAAUCCAGAUACUGGUAUUUUCUAUGCUAUCCUGUCUCCUGGCUUAUACAGAGUUGUCAUCACUGCGCCAGGAUAUACACCAAUGACUAAAUUAUCACAAGUAUAUGAAGGAAAGCUUCAAGCAUUAAAUGUAUCUUUGCCGCCUGAGAAGGAAUUAACAUACCAUAGCUAUGAUGAAAUGGAGACUUUAUUGAGACAUCUUGAUGAAGCAUAUACCAAUAUGACACAUUUAUAUACUUUGGGUCAGUCACUAGAGUAUCGUCAACUAUGGGCCUUGGAGAUCAGUCAAAAUGCUGGUAAACGUGUUCCUGGAAAACCCACCAUUAAAUUCAUUGGUAACAUUCAUGGCAAUGAAGUUAUUGGAAGAGAGCUGUUGCUGGCAUUGUCAGAGUAUUUGUUGUACAGCUAUGGAAAAGAUGAUUGGAUAACACAGUUAUUAGAUUCCACAUCAGUUCACAUUGUACCAUCUGUUAAUCCUGAUGGCAGUAUGAAAGCUGAAGAAGGGAAGUGUACAGCUGAUGAUGGUUCCCUCAAUUCACAUCAAGUGGAUCUAGCUUGGGAUUUUACAUCCAAGUUUGUGAACAGAACAACAAGUCGUCAACCGGAAACUGAAGCAUUAGAAAAAUGGAUUGUGGAAAGUCCAUUUGUACUGUCAGUAGCCUUCCAUGGUGGUACAUUGGUAACAAGCUACCCAUAUGAUGGCAGUAGUCAUCCUGGUACAUCUGGUGAAAACCCGACUAAAGAUGAUGACGUAUUCAGGUUCCUAGCUCAGACCUAUGCUAAUAAGCAUCCCACAAUGCACCUUGGUAAUCCAGCCUGUCCCGAUGAUGUUGGUAAGAAUUCAAGUGUUGAAUUCUCUGAUGGUAUUAUUAAUGGUGCUGAAUGGAAAAGUCAGAUUGGUAGUAUGCAGGAUUUCAACUAUGAUUUCAGUAACUGUUUUGAGAUCACAGUCUACACAGGUUGUUGUAAAUAUCCUUACGCUAAAGAACUUAAUCAGUUUUGGAGAGACAAUGCAGCAUCACUGAUUGCUAUCAUGGAAAAGGUUCACAUUGGAAUACGAGGCAUUGUAUGCGACAAAUACAACCACGGUCUGAAAGGCGCAAUGAUUCGCGUAGAAGGCUACAACAAAGCUGUGUAUACAUAUAACGACGGUGAUUACUGGAGAUUAUUGUUACCGGGUAAAUAUACGGUAACUGCUUCUGCUCCAGGAUAUACUGAAGAAGUAAAAGAAAUAAAAGUACCGGAUAACGGCAAAGUUCUAAUUGUUGAUUUCUACUUGACACCUGAAAAUGCAAUAUUUGGAUUACCACCAGCCAUGUUUAUUAUCAUCACAGCUACUGGUAUUGCUUUAUUCAUCCUGAUGUUCAUUUUUCUGUAUCGCGUAUGCAAAUACCGCAAAAUGGAUCGUAAAAAGCAUGGAUUUUAUCGCUUAGAUGGCGAGAAAAUGUACCAAGAAGAAUACGCAGACCGCCUGGCUUUACGUGACUACCAUUCCAAACAGACAUUAUUGAGCAAUGGUUACAAGGAUUUAAGUGAAUCAGAGAGUGAAGAUGAUAUCAUGUUUAAAAAAUAUUAG